AUGGCCACUUGGGCAUAUCCCCCACUGCCUGCAGAGCAGAUCACCCGGGAAGCGGAUGCUGCGCUGGCCCAUGAGCUAGAGUGGCUGCUGCAGUCACUGCAGGAUUCGCUUGCUUCAUUAAAGGAAGGUCUCCAGGAAUGUGCCGCCCUCAUAGCUCCCCAGGAACCAGGGUCAACCCUGGUGUUGUCCUCGGUACGGUCGGAGCAUGUGAAGGGCUUUGUGACUAGAGUCGGCACCAAGGUGGUCAAGGGCGAUAUUCAAUUGCGCCUCGCAUCACUUCCGCCCACCCGGGGAGCGCCCAGCACCAGGCUGAAUUUGUCGCAAUCCCCCGAAGCCCCCGAGAUGGUGCUUCGCCAGCUCGUAUCAGUCCGUGACCUCGUGGCUCAGAGUCUGGAUAUUGUAGAUGUUAGCACGUGGACCGGUGACCCUCUCAAUGCCGGGUUCAUCUUCAGUCAACUGCAUCUGCUACUCGAGACCAUCAGCGAAGCGCGGCAAAUGCUCAAAGGUGAAGGAGAAGAAACUCGUGGCAAAUGGUGGGAAACAAGUGCCACUGAACACAUGUUCGACCCUCCUCUUCCACCCCAUCUAUCUUUUCAUCUCUCAAUCACAGACUCGGCUCUAGUGCUUGUCCUGCGAACGCUAGAGUCCACUUCGCUCAACCACACGCCGACUGCGUUCUCUUCGGAUAUCUCCUUGACUGGAUUCUCCAUCCGAGAUCGCCUAUUUGGCUCGCGCGCGCCUACGCACGACGAAUCUGGAAUCUCAUUCCAGUGGCAAGGCGAAGAGGUGCGUGUGAAGGAAAAGGUGCGUGUCGAAAGCCAAGAUCCCAGUCUUAUGGCCGUCAUGGCGAAACUCUCAGCCCUUGAGCAUGAGGUGAUGAGAUGUGUGGAUGCAUUGAAAAUUCUCAUGGGCAACGAGGACACUGAAAGUGAGACGUGA